AUGGUUACAACUUCAAGAAGGCAUAAGGGCCCAGUAAUUUCUGAUGAUGAUGAUGACGUUGAUAUAAAACAAGAUGAAGUGAAUAACUUUGAUGAAGAUGAUGAAGAUUCACCACCCUCAGAAAAUGAUAAAAAUGAAGAUGAUUAUAUUGAAGAAGAUGAUGAAAUGCCUAGAACAAGAAGAAGAACAAUUAGAUCAAAACGUAUCAUGAAACAAGACUCGGAUUUCGAUGAUGAUGAUAAUAAUCUUGAUGAUGACGAUGAAGAAAUAUCUGAAGAUGAUAAAUAUUUUGAACGAUUAAAGGAGAAACAAUUCAUUGCCACUGACGAUGAAGAUGAUGGUGGGAAUUAUGGUUAUGGAUCUAGAAGAAGAAGAAUGAAAAGGAGGUCGAGAUCAAGAUCUCUUGAACCACGUAAAAGAACAAGAAGGACCAGAAAUAACAGUGAUUCUGAAGACGGUGAUAAUGAAGAACCUCAAACUGAAGUAGAAGAAGAUAUUCAAAAGGAAAUUGCUGAAUUAUACGAUUCUUCUCCUGAGCCAGGUCCAGUGAAACACAAAUUGAGAGAAAGGGCUAAAAUCGAUUAUACCAUACCUCCUCCAAUAACUACCGAUGCUCAAUUGGAAAGACAAGCUACAGCAACUCCAAGUUUCACAAAAGGUAAAAGAGGUAGACCUUCAACUGCCAAUAAAUCUGAAUAUCGUAAUUUAUUAUUCCCAACUGCUGGACCAUUUGGAGGAAGUGAUGUAAUCUCAUUGUUCGGUACCAAUAUACCUCCCGGUGGUAUUCCUAUACCAGGAUUAUCUAAUAAUGGAAAUCCUGCAGCAAUAGGUAAUAAUUUAAGUGAUUCAGAUUCUUCUGAUGAUGAGAUAACUCCAAUAAAUGGCUCUGCCACCAUUACCAAGAAACCUUUUGAUAAAGUUAAAAAAAUCAACAACACUAAAUUGAUAGGAACUUCAGCUACUGGCGAUAAGAAGAAGAAUAACUUAAGUGAUACUGAUCCCUUGGGAGUUGAUAUGAAUAUAGAUUUCGAUUCUGUAGGUGGAUUGGAUAAUUAUAUCAAUCAAUUAAAGGAAAUGGUUGCUUUACCAUUGUUAUAUCCUGAGUUAUACCAGAAUUUCUCCAUAACUCCUCCUAGGGGUGUGCUUUUCCAUGGUCCUCCAGGUACGGGUAAAACAUUGAUGGCAAGAGCUUUAGCUGCAAGUUGUUCUACUUCAACAAGAAAAAUCACUUUUUUCAUGAGGAAGGGUGCUGAUUGUUUGAGUAAAUGGGUUGGUGAAGCUGAAAGACAAUUGAGACUUUUAUUCGAAGAAGCAAAGAAUCAACAACCUUCUAUUAUAUUCUUCGAUGAAAUCGAUGGUCUUGCCCCAGUGAGAUCUUCAAAACAAGAGCAAAUUCAUGCUAGUAUUGUUUCAACGUUAUUGGCAUUAAUGGAUGGUAUGGAUAACAGAGGUCAAGUUAUAGUUAUAGGUGCUACCAAUAGACCAGAUUCUGUUGAUCCAGCUUUAAGAAGACCUGGUAGAUUCGAUAGAGAAUUCUAUUUCCCAUUACCAGAUGCUAAUUCAAGAAAACAAAUCUUGAAAAUUCAUACAAAGAAGUGGGUUCCGCCGCUCAAAGAUGAAUUUGUCGAGAAAAUUGCUGACUUAACCAAAGGUUAUGGUGGUGCUGAUUUGAGAGCAUUGUGUACUGAAGCAGCUUUAAGUAGUAUACAAAGAAAAUACCCACAAAUUUAUUUUACUAACGAAAAGUUGAAAGUUCAUCCAUCCAAGGUGAGGGUAAUUGCUAAAGAUUUCAUGAAUGCUGUGGAAAAAAUCGUUCCCUCAAGUGCCAGAUCCACAUCUUCUAGGUCAUCUCCAUUACCAAGUAAUUUAAAAUGUUUGUUGGAAAACUCCUUGAAUGAAAUCACCCUCAAACUUAAUAAUUUGAUCCCUAAUUCCAUUCAUACCAAGAAUAACAAAAAGUCCACUAAGUUGGAUGAAGCAUUGUAUUUGGAUCCUACCACUAAAGAUGAAGAUGGAGGUUUUGGUAGACAAGAAUUACUUAAAAACUUGGAGAAUUCAAGAAUUUGUAAACCGCAUUUGCUAAUUUGUGGUGAUCAUGGUAAUGGUCAACAAUAUUUAGGUUCGGCGAUAUUAAAUUAUUUGGAAGGGUUCCAAGUUCAAUCAUUAGAUAUUGGAUCUAUGUUCGAAGAUCCUACAAGAACUCCCGAGCUGACUAUCGUUCAAGCUUUUAUAGAAGCAAGGAGACAUCAACCAUCGAUAGUGUUCAUACCAAAUAUUGAUAUAUGGUAUAAUGUUGUACCAUAUUCUGCUAAAGCCACGUUAACCAGUUUACUCAGGUCAUUAAAGAGUAAUGAAAAGAUCUUGUUAUUAGGAAUAUCAGAAACUAAUAUGGAGCAAUUAGAUCCUGAAAUCAAACUUAUCUUUGGUUUGAACAAUGAAGGUAACAAUGUGUCAUUGAGAAAUCCUAAGGUCGAUGAAAGGAAAGAGUUCUUUAAGAGUUUGGAAUCAACUUUAUUGAUGAAACCUUUCGAAUUUAUCAAUGACUUGGAAAAUAGACCAAAAAGAAAAUUGAAAACCUUAGAAGUGGUCAAACAAGAUGUUACUAAUAACGAAGACUUAUCUAAGAAAGCUUUGAAGCAACAAGAAUAUCAAGAUACCAAGCUUAAGAAUACUUUGAAGAUCAAAUUGGCCAGUUUGAUGGAUUUAUUCAAGGUCAGAUACAAGAGAUUCAAGAAACCCAUAAUCGAUGAGAACUACUUAACUCAUUUGUUUUAUCCUGAGAUUCUUGAAAAUCAAAAUCCUUUGAUUCCAUAUGAAGUUUUAUAUGAAAAGGCUACAGACAAAGAACAUGAAAAUAUGAUAAGAGAAUUAAAAACGGGUAAAUAUUAUCACAAUAUUGAUUUAGAUAUUAUCGAAGAAAGAUUAUGGAAUGGGUAUUAUUCUGAACCCAAACAGUUUUUGAGGGAUAUCAAAAUGAUUGUUCAAGAUUCUAUAACCGAUGGAGAUAGAGAUAGAGUUUUAAAGUCUAAUGAAAUGUUAACUAAUGCUCAAUUUGGAAUUGAUGAUAUAAGUACCCCCGAAUUCAUUCAAGCAUGUAAGGACAUGAGAAAGAGAGAAUUGGAAAGACAAGCUAAAGUUUUACAAGAGCACAAGGAAUUACAAGAGAAGAUUAAGAAAGGAGAAAUCGUUCUUGAUCAACAACAGCCUGCGAUUGAGUUUGGUGGUGUUAUUGGAGAAGUCAAUGGAUCCAUUGAAAACGGACAAUCUAAAGCUAUUGAGGAUAUUGAAAUGGCUGAAGAGCCUAAAAUUGUUGAAGAUGUUGUCAUGUCUGAACCUAAAGAAGCUGCUCAGUCAGAAGGGGAUGAGAUGAUCCCUCAAAUUGAAGGUCAAAUUCAAACUCAAGCUCUUUUGGAACCUAAUGGGUCAGUUGUUGAUGCUAAUGGUGUUCCUAUUAUUGGUGAUGACGUGGAUGAAUCCUUACCAGCUAUCGAUAAACCCGUUGAAAUUCCACUUAACGGAACAAAAGAAACAGAGACUGAAAUUACUGCUAAACAGACUGAAAUCGUUGAGGAAUCAGAAUCAGAACCGGAAGAAGAAGUUUCCAUCGAUUACUCAAAACCUCUCAUUAUUCCUGAAACUUACAAACACUUCUUUGAUCAAAGAGUAAUUGAAAUCACUGAACAUUGCAACAUAGAAAAAUUAGAAAUCAUCAUGGCCAGAUUAAUGGAUAUCAUUUGGAGUGACAGAAAUAAAUGGGAUAAAACUGAAACCGUUGAAAAAUUAUAUGAAGUUUCCAAAGAAAUUGAAACUGACUUGAAAAUUUAA